AUGGUUUUCAUAAAUACGCUCCUCUCUCUCCGUCUUUCUUUUGCUGCACUGUACUCUAUCUACCUACCUACCCACCGACUCGCUCUCUACAUCUCCAAGUUCUUCAACCCACCAAUACACUCUUUACAUCCAACUACCAGUACAUUCCUCCCACCACCCACUCAAAAUGCACUACUCCCGCCUCCUCCCCACCCUCCUCCUCCUCCUCCUCCCCGUUCUCACCCUCGCCACCCCCCUCCCCCCGCCCCCGCACAGGUCACCGCCUCCGGCAACGACGGCUCCGGCGACCAGGACGUCGGCAACAAGGGCCAGAACGCGGGCAACGCCGCCGCAAACAAGGGCACCGUCAAGGGCGACUACACCGUCGAGCAGGGCGUGCAGACGUGCGGCAACGCGCAGCUAAACUGCUGCAACAAGAUUGAGAAGAAGGGCGACACCACCAGCGCCGGCCUGCUCGGGUCUGUGUUUGGCUCCGGCGAUAUUGGACUGCAGUGCUCGCCGAUUAAUUUGCCGGUUUUGGCGGCGCAAGUGCCGAUUAAUAAGGCGUGUGAUGCAAAGGCGGCCUGCUGCCAGGGAGAGACUACGCAGAACGGGCUCAUCAAUCUUGGGUGUAUCGCGCUUGCAUCCCUCAUCUAA